UAAAAUUAGAGUGGCAACAACAUAGGCCGGCAAGAACACGUGGAGAAGCGGAAACAGACCACAUCCCUCAGCUUGGCGAGCUACGCUCCCCAAAGCAGGCGACGCGUCUCCUCCUUUAAUUCGCAUUCCAUCUAUAUAAAACUCACCAAUACUCGCAAAAGAACCAUUUUAAUGAAAUCAAUGGAGGAUUGUGUGGACGAGCUCUUGAACACUUUAUCAGAUUUUAAUAACAAGGCAGGAAAAACAGAAGACACGGCAGAAGAAGAAGAAGAAGAAGAAGAAGAAGAAGAAGAAGAAGAUGAAGGGAAGGGUACCUCCAAGUCCGACGAUGGCGGCGGGCUCAUAGAGCAGUUCAUUUCUCAUCUGCCUGUCCCCAUUCCCGGCAUCUCAAGCGCUUCUGUUGCAGCAGGAAAGUCAGCUGAAGAAGAUGAAGAUAGAGACGACCAUGAAGGGAAGCUGGAAGCAGAUGGAGAGAAGGGUAGCUCGAAGUCCAACAAUGGCGGCGGGCUCAUGGAACAGCUCAUCUCUCAUCUGCAUGUCCCCAUUGCUGUCAUCUCAACCACUUCUGCUGCAGGAGAGUCUGCUGAUGAAGAUAGAGAUGGAGACAAACCUGCAGGGAAGAGAACUGAUGAAAAGCCUGAAGGAAUAGUAAUUUCAUCUCCACGAAUUACUCUGCCAGUUGAGAACGGCCCGGAUACUGAGGAGGCAACUAUUCUGAUCUCAAUUAUUCAUGACUAGCUCAAGAGAAUAAAAAGAAGUA